AUGAAAGGCGCCGCUCCGUUGCCGCUCGUCACCUUCUCCGAUGCCUCGUCCAUUGAUGACUGCAAGCGCAUGUCCGACGCCGACCUGGGCGGCUACUCAGAGGUCGACCUCGACUUCGUUCCUCAAUCCGGCAUCUCGCCGCCGCACGCCCGCUUCCGCGGCAACAUUUCCAUUCAGCUACCCCAGCAUAACCCCCACGUGUCUCGCACUGGCUACGCGGGCUGGAGGACGCGCGAUCGCCCGGCCACCCUCUUUGGCAAGUCGUUGUUCGACCUCGAUCCGUACCGGUACUUGGCGUUGCGCGUCAAGUCGGACGGCCGCAAGUACUUCGUGAACGUGCAGACCGAGUCGGUCGUGCCGACGGACAUACAUCAGCAUCGUCUCUACGCGCGCAAGCCGGGAGAGUGGGAGACGGUCCUCAUUAAGCUGAGCGAGUUUGUGCGGACGAAUCACGGCGUGCCGGUGGAGCCGCAGAAGGAGAUGAUGAGGCAGAGGGUGCGUUCCGUGGGUAUCAGCUUAACUGACAGAGUGCCUGGACCUUAUGAGCUCUGCAUUGGCAAGAUAUGGGCCACCAAUGAGUUGAGCGACAGCGAAAGUGCAGAGGAUGCUCGAGUAGACGCGAUUACCAAGGCGCCAUCGAACGAGUCAAGAGCUCCAUGA